AUGGCUUUUGAAGAGUCGAUGGAGUUAUUUGGACAGAAGGACUCAAUAACAAACAAUCAAGAAAAGAUCAAAGACAACAUGACCUCCAGAAGUAUCACGCUGUUACUUCUUGCGAAACGUUGUGAAUCUCUGAUCUCUAAUCAGGAUGAUGAGCUGACGAUUGAUGUCAAAGAACGGAAAGACUCAAGGCCUCAAGUAGCAUAUUUGCUUAAGCCAUUGCAUCUUUUUGCACAUCGAAAUGAGAUGUGUGACAUGUGCAAAGGGUAUGUGACAGGUGCGGAGCGUAACAUGACAUGUGCACUUGCUGCCUGUUCAUGGCAUUUUCUAUCCUCUUGA